CAAAAGAUACAAAGUCAACGGCAAUGGCCAUCCCAGAAAUGCAAAGCUCUGCUGCACUCUCCCUGCUGAUCCUACUGCUUCCCAUACUACUGUACAUCUCCUACCACCUCGGAGGAACCCUAACCAAGAAGAAACCCACCACGCAUGGCCUCAAAUCCCACCCUCUCCUCGGCCACCUCCCGGCGUUCCUCAGGAACCGCCACCGCUUCCUCGACUGGUCCACCGAGCUCAUCGUCGCCAGCCCGGACCAGCGGAUGGGCUUCUGGAUCCCCGGGAUGCGGACUGGCAUCGUCACCGCCAACCCCGCCGACGUCGACCACGUCCUGCGCGCCAACUUCGCCAACUACCCCAAGGGCGAGCACGCCACCUCCAUGCUCCGGGACUUCCUCGGACGCGGCCUCUUCAACUCCGACGGCGACCAGUGGCUCUGGCAGCGCAAGAACGCCAGCCUCCAGUUCACCAGCCGCUCGCUCCGCAGGUUCGUCGUCGACGUCGUGCAGGCCGAGGUCGCCAACCGGCUACUCCCGCUACUGCGGCGGAAUAACGCCGCCGGCGGCGGCGAGGCCGGCGUCGCCGUCCUCGACUUGCAGGACGUGCUCGAGCGGUUCGCGUUCGACACCAUCUGCAUGGUGGCGUUCGGGCACGACCCGGGCUGCCUCGCCGACGGCGGCACCCUGGACGAGGCGAGCUCCGAUUUCAUGCACACGUUCGGAGAGGCGCAGGACCUCAUCGUCGGCCGGUUCCUGGAACCCAUCGAGGUCUCAUGGAAGGUCAAGAAGUGGCUAAACGUCGGCACAGAGCGCCGCCUGAAGAAGGCCAUCGCCGACGUCCACGCGUUCGCCAUGGACAUCGUCCGCGCCCGGCGCCGGAGCGCGUCAGUGGACGCCAGGGACGACGUCCUGUCGCGGUUCGUGGCGAGCGACGACGCCCACAGCGACGACGAGGCGCUCCGGGACAUCGUGCUCAGCUUCCUCAUCGCCGGGCGCGAGACGACGUCCUCGGCGCUGACGUGGUUCUUCUGGCUCGUGUCGUCGCGGCCGGACGUGGUGGCGCGCAUCGCCGACGAGGUCCGCGCGGCGCGCGAGUCCGCCGGCACGCGCGCCGGCGAGCCGUUCGGCUUCGACGCGCUGCGCGGCCUGCACUACCUGCACGCCGCGCUCACGGAGUCGAUGAGGCUGUACCCGCCGGUGCCGAUCGACUCGCAGUCGUGCGCCGCCGACGACACGCUGCCCGACGGCACGCACGUCGGCGCCGGCUGGUCCGUGACCUACAGCGCGUACGCCAUGGGAAGGCUCGCGGCGAUAUGGGGCGAGGACUGCGCCGAGUACAGGCCGGAGCGGUGGCUCGGGGAGGACGGCGCGUUCCGGCCGGAGAGCCCGUUCCGGUACACCGUGUUCCAUGCGGGGCCGAGGAUGUGCCUGGGGAAGGAGAUGGCGUACGUGCAGAUGAAGUCGAUCGUUGCGAGCGUGCUCGAAGAGUUUGUGGUCGACGUCAAGAAGAAGGAUGCCGCCGGCGGUGUGCCCGAGCCCGAGCACGUGCUCUCCGUGACGCUCAGAAUGAAAGGGGGCCUGCCUGUGCAAGUGAGGAGAAGGGUGGUCCAUGGAGGUGCUGAAUGAUCAAGAACAUCAUCGGCUUCAAAUUUCAUACUUUCAUGUCUCGUUGGGAUUUGUAAAUAGAUUUUGUUAUGUU